AUGUCAUCUGAAGAAAAUUUCGAUCCAGAAAAUAUUGUAAAAAAGGUUAUAGAUCUUUACAACGACGACCAAUUAGAAUCUGCUUAUUUGUUAGCAAAAGAAAAUAUCGAAAAAAUUCCAAUAAAUCACAUGUUUUAUAACAGUAUCAUUUUUUAUUUCUCUUUAACUAUUUUAAAAUUAAAGAAAGAUGAAGACAUUGCUAAAGUUUAUGAAUAUAGAGAUUAUUUUGAAACAUCAUCUAAAUAUUCAAAAACCAAUGAAGAAAAAAAAAUUGCUAAUAAAUUUUUCUGUGAACUUUUUGAAAAAAUUCAACAUUAUGGAAUAGAAAGAUUAGAAAGCUUAUAUCUGAUGCCGAACAC